CUUCCCUUCCUCAAUGCUGAAUGACCUAAAGCUUGAAGGAUUUUAAUGGCUUUCAGGUAGAAUCCAAGUGGGAGACAAUCAAAAUGAAUUCUAUGGACAGGCACAUACAACAGACCAAUGAUAGGCUGCAAUGCAUAAAACAGCACUUACAGAAUCCUGCCAACUUCCACAAUGCAGCGACAGAACUCUUGGACUGGUGUGGUGACCCGAGAGCAUUCCAGAGGCCCUUCGAACAGAGCUUGAUGGGGUGUUUGACGGUUGUUAGCCGAGUGGCGGCGCAGCAAGGAUUCGACCUAGACCUUGGAUACAGGCUGCUGGCCGUUUGUGCUGCAAACAGGGACAAGUUCACGCCAAAAUCAGCUGCGCUGCUCUCGUCGUGGUGUGAGGAGCUGGGACGGCUCUUACUGCUGCGCCACCAGAAAAGCCGGCAAAACGACCCCCAGGGGAAGCUCCCUAUGCAGCCACCCAUGAACUCCAUGAGCUCCAUGAAACCCUCCCUUUCACAUAGGUGCAUAUGUGACGGCUGCCAUCUUGACAGACCCCAGAGAUUGAAACGGGGACCUCCAGAGCUGAAAGCUGAUGGGUCGUUCCCUUACGAUUCUGUUCCGUGGCAGCAAAACACCAACCAACCACCUGGUUCCCUGUCGGUGGUCACUACAGUAUGGGGCGUGACUAAUACUUCCCAGAGCCAGGUGCUGGGCAAUCCCAUGGCAAAUGCAAACAAUCCCAUGAACCCAGGAGGAAAUCCCUUGGCUUCCGGGAUGACAACCAGCAACCCUGGCAUGAAUUCGCCACAGUUUGCUGGGCAACAGCAGCAGUUCUCGGCCAAGGCGGGCUCCAACCAGCCGUACAUACAGCAGAGCAUGUACGGGCGCCCCAACUACCCGGGGAGCGGAGGUUUCGGGGGAAGCUACCCAGGAGGCCCUAAUAACCCUGCGGGAAUGGGGAUCCCACCCCACACCAGGCCACCAGCUGAUUUCACUCAGCCCGCUGCCGCAGCAGCAGCAGCAGCAGUCGCAGCGGCAGCAGCUACUGCCACAGCCACUGCCACAGCAACCGUAGCGGCCCUUCAAGAAACGCAGAACAAGGAAAUGAACCAGUACGGACCGGUUUGUUCCUCUUUCCAGAUGGGUCCAACUCAAGCGUACAACAGCCAGUUCAUGAACCAGCCUGGCCCUCGAGGGCCGGCUUCCAUGCCAGGCAGCAUGAACCCAGCCACCAUGGGAGCGGGCAUGACGCCUUCGAAUAUGAGUGGGCCCCCUAUGGGCAUGAACCAGCAAAGGCCACCAGGAAUGAGUCCCUUCAACCACGGACAAAGGAUGCCCCAGCAAGCCUACCCUGGCCCACGCCCCCAGUCUUUACCCAUGCAAGGCAUGAAGAGACCGUAUCCAGGAGAGCCAAAUUAUGGAAACCAGCAGUAUGGACCAAAUAGCCAGUUUCCAUCCCAGCCUGGCCAGUAUCCAGCUCCCAACCCUCCAAGACCCCUUACAUCUCCCAACUACCCUGGACAAAGGAUGCCAAGCCAACAAAACACAGGGCAAUAUCCUCCUCCAGCGGUCAACAUGGGACAGUAUUAUAAGCCAUCGAGGCCUGUUCCUGUGGCAAAUUACCCUCACUCGCCUGUUCCAGGAAACCCCACACCACCUAUGACUCCAGGGAGCAGUAUUCCUCCGUACCUGUCCCCUAAUCAGGACGUCAAACCGCCAUUCCCACCCGAUAUUAAGCCAAAUAUCAAUGCUUUACCACCACCUCCAAAUGCUAAAGGGAAAGUUCACGCUUUCUCUCCUUCUUCGAUCCCAGCCAACCACAACGACGAGCUGCGCCUGACGUUCCCCGUGAGAGACGGGGUCGUAUUAGAGCCCUUCCGGCUGGAACACAACCUGGCAGUCAGCAACCACGUCUUUCACCUACGGCCCACGGUCCAUCAGACACUAAUGUGGAGGUCGGACUUGGAGCUCCAGUUCAAGUGCUACCACCACGAAGACCGGCAGAUGAACACCAACUGGCCAGCAUCGGUCCAGGUCAGCGUCAACGCAACGCCGCUUACAAUCGAACGGGGCGACAACAAGACAUCGCACAAACCCCUGCACCUCAAGCAUGUCUGCCAGCCAGGAAGAAACACAAUUCAAAUCACUGUCACAGCAUGCUGUUGUUCACACUUGUUCGUAUUGCAGCUAGUACACCGACCAUCAGUCCGCUCUGUCCUACAGGGCUUGCUAAAGAAACGUCUUCUUCCAGCCGAGCACUGUAUCACCAAAAUCAAGAGGAACUUUAGCAGUGUGGCAGCCUCCUCGGGCAACACGACCCUCAAUGGCGAGGACGGGGUGGAACAGACGGCCAUUAAAGUGUCUCUGAAGUGUCCAAUCACAUUCCGGCGGAUCCAGCUACCAGCAAGAGGCCACGACUGCAAACACGUACAGUGCUUUGAUCUGGAAUCCUACUUGCAGCUGAACUGUGAACGGGGGACGUGGCGUUGUCCCGUGUGCAAUAAAACAGCUCUGCUGGAGGGCCUCGAAGUUGACCAGUACAUGUGGGGCAUUCUGAACGCCAUACAAAACUCGGAGUUUGAGGAAGUCACAAUCGACCCGACAUGCAGCUGGAGGCCGGUGCCGAUCAAGUCCGACAUUCACAUCAAAGACGAUCCCGACGGGAUGCCUUCCAAAAGGUUCAAGACCAUGAGUCCGAGUCAGAUGAUCAUGCCCAACGUGAUGGAGAUGAUCGCAGCGCUGGGCCCUGGGCCAUCACCUUACCCCUCAAUCCCGCCUCCGCCAGGGAGCACCAAUUCCAGCGAAUACAGUAACCAAGGCAACAGUUACCAAGGUCACAGCAAUUUUGAUUUUCCUCACGGGAAUCCCGGUGGAACGUCUAUGAACGACUUCAUGCAUGCGCCUCAGCUCUCACAUCCUCCCGACAUGCCCAGCAACAUAGCAGCUCUCGACAAACCCCUAAGUCACCCCAUGCAGGACCCCAUCCCUCAUCCCGGCAGCACUGAUCAAUCCCAUAGUUCCAUGCAGCAAGGUUUGCACGUACCUCAUCCCAGCAGCCAGUCAGGGCAGCCGUUACAUCACAGUGGUCCACCUACCCAGCAGAGCCGGCAGCCGCCACAGCCCGCUUCUAGCAACCAUCCACACAGUGACCUGGCCUUUAACCCCUCCUCAGCCUUAGAGGGCCAGGCUGCUGGGCCGGGAGCAUCCGACAUGCCGGAGCCUUCGCUGGAUCUGCUUCCCGAACUCACAAAUCCGGAUGAGCUCCUUUCAUACCUGGACCCUCCGGACUUACCAAGCAAUAGCAACGAUGACCUUCUCUCUCUCUUUGAGAACAACUGAAGCCUUCUGUGUUCUGUCCACGACACCGUUCACUCGUCUGACACGUCUGUAGCUUCACAGUGAGGAAUCCCACACCACCCU